CCUCACAGUUCCCUCACCACAGCCCCAGCCUCACAGAUCCCUCACCACAGCCCCAGCCUCACAGUUCCCUCACCACAGCCCCAGCCUCACACAUCCCUCAGCCCACAGAUCCCUCACCACCACAGCCUCACAGUUCCCUCACCACAGCCCCAGCCUCACAGUUCCCUGACCACAGCCCCAGCCUCACAGUUCCCUCACCACAGCCCCAGCCUCACAGUUCCCUCACCACAGCCCCAGCCUCACAGUUACCUCACCACAGACCCAGCCUCACAGUUCCCUCACCACAGCCUCACAGUUCCCUCACCACAGCCCCAGCCUCACAGUUCCCUCACCACAGCCCCAGCCUCACAGUUCCCUCACCACAGCCCCAGCCUCACAGUUCCCUCACCACAGACCCAGCCUCACAGUUCCCUCACCACAGCCUCACAGUUCCCUCACCACAGCCCCAGCCUCACAGAUCCCUCACCACAACCCCAGCCUCACAGUUCCCUCACCACAGCCCCAGCCUCACAGUUCCCUCACCACAGCCCCAGCCUCACAGAUCCCUCACCACAGCCACAGCCUCACAGUUCCCUCACCACAGCCCCAGCCUCACAGUUCCCUGACCACAGCCCCAGCCUCACAGUUCCCUCACCACAGCCCCAGCCUCACAGUUCCCUCACCACAGCCCCAGCCUCACAGUUACCUCACCACAGACCCAGCCUCACAGUUCCCUCACCACAGCCUCACAGUUCCCUCACCACAGCUCACCACAGCCCCAGCCUCACAGUUCCCUCACAGACCCACCACAGCCCCAGCCUCACAGUUCCCUCACCACAGCCCCAGCCUCACAGUUCCCUCACCACAGACCCAGUUCCCUCACCACAGCCCCAGCCUCACAGUUCCCUCACCACAGCCUCACAGUUCCCUCACCACAGCCCCAGCCUCACAGUUCCCUCACCACAGCCUCACAGUUCCCUCACCACAGCCCCAGCCUCACAUAUCCCUCACCACAGCCCCAGCCUCACAGUUCCCUCACCACAGCCCCAGCCUCACAGUUCCCUCACCACAGCCCCAGCCUCACAGUUCCCCAGCUCAUUGGAUCUCCAGUCAUGCUGUGUGUUCCUCCCCAACGACAGCCUCCCCUCUCCCAGCACCAUUAUCUGUGGAGACAUCCCCGGUACUGUCCGUAGCUGGUACCACAACCAGGCCACCAUGCCUGGGACUCUGGUAGUCUGCCUGCCCCAUAUCACUGUGCUCUCUGCUGGACACAAAUACAUGGAGCCCCUGCAGGACCUCCCCUUCAUGGUGUCCAGGCCCAUACUGGAGGAAGGUGAUGCCUUCCCGUGGACCAUAACCCUGAGCCAGUUCAGUGUGUACACCCUGUUGGGUCAGCAGCGGUCUCUGAGUCUCCUGGAGCCGAUGGGCUGUACCUCCACCCUGGCCGUCACCUCCCACAAGCUGCAGGCCGUGGGCCCCGAAGGACGCCACGCCUUUAUCGUCUGUCUGCACGUUGACCUGGAACCUCUGAACGUCAAGGUCUCUAACCCCCAGGUCCAGUUGCUGUAUGAGUUGUUCCUGUCCUGGAGUUCAACGUGGGCCCGUCUGGAGAAGAGGGAGUCCUGCGUCAGACCUCCACGAUCCCAGACCCCCCACUGGGCCGGCCCCCUCCUCCCCGUCCGCUCCAGCACCGCUCUCCCAGACACCAGCACCUGCUCCCCCUCCGCUGAUUUUGGAUCCCCCACCGAGGGUGACUCUGUUCCAGCGGGUGAUGACUCUCCGUUCUCCGACGCGGUGACCCUGGAGCAGAAGACCAGCAGUAUAGAGGGCGCCAGUGGGAAGGUCAGCCUAUGGAUGCAGUGGAUGCUGACUAAGGUUACCGUCAAGCUGUUCGCUCCCGACCCCAACGCCAAAAACACAGAGAUCUGUGUGAUCAGUGAGGCUGAGGAUCUCAGUGCGUCAGUAGAUGUUCAGGAUGUUUACACCAAGAUCAAAUGUAAAGUGGGCAGCUUCAACAUGGACCAGUACCAGACCAGUCCAGAGGAGGGGUCUGGUCUUGCAGUGGGCCGCUGUGGAGGGGUUGUCCUGUCUUGUACCGAUAAGCUGAACAGACGUACGGUGUUGGUCCGACCCGUCAGCAAACAGGACUCCUUCAGCCACCUCUCUGGCUUCGUUCCGCCUACAGCAGCCAAGGUCCUGGAGGUUUCCUCCCACCAGCAGCACGGAUUCCUGUCCAUCACAUACACCCAGGCGGUCACCAGAAACGUCCGCCACAAGUUGACCACGCGGCUGGAACGACCGGAUCCUCGCGGGACCCAGCGGCUGACGGAGGGCCCGGCUGACGGGUCUCCCCACUACCUGAGAGAGAUCCUGCUGACCGCCCAACCUUUUGACCUUGUCCUCUCCUGUCCCUUACUGGCCACCGUAGCCGGGGUGUUCCACGCCUCGCUGCCACGACGAUACCGGGACCUCGGCAAAACGGCGGGCCAGCCGAUGAGAAGUCACGCCCUGACGUCGCGCAGCCUGCCGCUGAUAUAUGUCAACACAUCAGUGAUCAGGGUGUUUUGUCCCUGGAACCCGGACGGACAGGACAGACACACAGAACCCCAGCUGAGGAGAGAGAGAGGACACUCUGGUACUGAAGUAUAUAUGGUCUGUCUGGGUCUGAUACCCUCCGUGUGUUGUGUCUCCCAGAACCCCAGCUGAGGAGAGAGAGAGGACACUCUGGUACUGAAGUAUAUAUGGUCUGUCUGGGUCUGAUACCCUC